AUAUUAAUGAAAAGUUGGUUCAAAAAUUUUCACCCUUCCGAUCGCCCGGUGUUAUUUUAAAUAACAUCAUUCGUUAUAGAAUUUUAUAGUGUAUCUGAAGCGUCUAAUAUUUACUCCAUGUGUACGAAAAUGCACACACUGUGAAGCUUUUUCGUUACCCUUUUGUUUUCCGGUCGAGUUUCCCUCGGGGGUCUUUCCGUCACGUGCGGCAAGAAACUACAUAUAAAAGAAUAAACAUCUUCAACAGACGAGCUGGUCAAAACUCUACCCAGACGGGUGCAGUGUCUUUGAAAACCAAUUUACAAUAAAAGAAUGUCUACCACAAGCAAGGAAAUCAUGAAACAGUGUGCUAACUCUGUGCAAUCCAUAAAAAAGAAUAAGUUGGUUGUUUUACUUGAAAAUUGUUUGCAAGAUGUUCCACGUAAAGAUAAGAAUUGUGGAUGUGAUACCCAACAAGGUUUAUCAUCAAAUAUUACAAGCAAUGAGGUCUUGGAGAUUCAGUUUAUUAGUGACAGCCAGAAUAAGAAUGUAUCCGUUUCUGAUCCAGUCUUACCUAACAGUAAAGAGGACAGUUCAGAUUGUUCCAACCAAACUGGACAUGAACCUGCUCCACAAACAUUGAAUAUGACAAAGUCCUUGUUUUUGGACUUGCCAAUCACAAGCACAAUAGAGAAUGAUGAUACGGCAACAAGCGGCAUAAUUGACAAUGACUCUACGUUAUACUGGAGAAGAGUUACACAGCCAGUUGAGUGCGAAGUAAAAAUACCACUUACAAGUGGAAAUAGCAGUGGCGUUGAACUAGAUUUAACUCCGCCAUGUAGUAUUGCAUCUAGUAGGAGCCCAAUUGAAGACAGUGCAUCAACUUCACUUGAGGAGGAGCUUAACAAUAAUGUUGACAAUAAAAUUUUGACAGACCAGGAUAAACAGAAAGAAUUAAUUGUUGAACUGGUUUCGAUUGAGCCAACAGUUCAACAGUUGCAAAUUCUUUACACAAGAAAUGACCGGGACAAAAUAAAGUCUUUGUCUUUAAGGCCCAAGAGAGACCGCAAACAAUUUAUCCCAUUUAUGUUCGAACAGGCAAACUAUAUAAAGAAGAGGAAACCCCGAUUAUUCCACAGCACACCAAAGGUAAAUGACACAUCUAGUGAAAAGAUUAGAAAGAUAACACCAAACACAAACUGCAGAGUGCAAUUGGAUAGAAAAUUUGAAAAGAAACAAAUUAAAAUGGACCGCAAACGAAAGAAGGCUAUUGCAAUGAAACAAUUAAAGAUUGCUCUGAGACAAAAAGAAGCAUAUGAAAAGCAGCAAUUAAAAUUGGCUCUUAAAAAAAAGAAAGAAGCAUUGAAGUGGAGAAAUAAGUUGGAAAAUGCACUUACCAGUAUUAAUAGAAGAAUAUGUAACCAGAACACAUUUUGGAAAAUGCUUCCUAGUUAGCUACUGCUAACUUUUUACAGAAACCUAGAUGGAAAUAACAAUCAAUUUUAAACCAUUGAUAGCUCAUUUGAUAGUCCUGAUAAAAGGAAUUAUCUUAUCAUUGGAUAUUAAAUAUUCAGCUACAAUACUUUUAAUUACUCUUGAUAAGUCUAAAAAUCUUUAUUUCUUUAAUUUCACCUGAAAUCACACAAAUUAAAAAGUUGAGGAAUAAUAAUUUGUGGUGAAAGAUAGAAAAUUAUUACAAUUUUUUUCUUAAAUGUUAAGUAAAUGGAUAUAUUUUAAGGUUUGA